UAAUCUAUGUAUACUUUUUGUAUCGCAGAGAGAAAAGAAGAAAGGGGAAAAGCUAAACAUAAAUUUAGUGAUGAAAGAGUGAUGAAAGUUGCGGUAGACUCGGAUCCUGUCCCCCUUCAGAAUGGUCCAAACAAAGCCUUCAUAGAAUCAAACAUCUUCUCUCUCUCUCUCUCCAGUAUUGUUCUUUUACUCUUUUAGGGGGGGGGGGCGACCCUAAUGGAAAUGGGUGAUCAGUGCGGCCUGCCUGAUCUCCGGCGGCUUUUGACAAGAAGAACCAAUUUUCCGGCAGCCCUGCCGAUGUCUUCUGAGUCAUACCUUGCUCAUAGGAACAUGGCUCAGUCAGUUCCUUACCAUGAUGCAGCAGCCUACAUGCUGAGCAAUGGGAUUGCAAUGCCUAGUGGUUUGCUAAGGUUUAGCACCGCCACUGCUUUUACUGCUUCAACUUCAGCUUCUGCUGGUGGUGGAUGGAGCGUGGGGAAUUGUGACAGGGGAAACAGCCGGUGGCCUAGGCAAGAAACUCUUACACUUCUUGAGAUCAGAUCUAGACUUGAUUCCAAGUUCAAGGAGGCUAACCAGAAAGGACCCUUGUGGGAUGAAGUCUCUAGGAUAAUGGGUGAGGAAUAUGGGUACCUGAGAAGUGGGAAGAAAUGUAGAGAGAAGUUUGAAAACCUUUAUAAAUACUAUAAGAAGACUAAGGAUGGUAAAGGUGGAAGACAAGAUGGGAAAAAUUACAGGUUCUUUAAACAGCUGGAAGCCAUUUAUGGUGAAACAAACAAUCCUCAAACUUCAGUCCCAGAAACCUACAUUAAUAAUAAUGUCCCGCUGCAGGAGUCUAUGCAACAACAAAAGGUAAGCCACGCCCUCAGUUUCUCCGAAUCUGAAUUUGAUUACUCCACGUCUGGGAACAUCGACGACGGCCUAAGGGAUAAGAAGGGAUCAGGGAAGACGAAGAAGGUGAAGGAGUUUGUGGAUUCGCAAAUGAACAAGUUGAUCCAUUCACAGGAUGUUUGGAUGGAGAGAACGUUGAAGCUCAUCCAAGAUAAAGAGCAAGAAAGACUGUUAAAAGAGGAGGAAUGGAGGAGACGAGAGGCUGCUCGGUUUGAUAAACAACACGAGUUCUGGGUUAAGGAGAGGGGUUGGAUCGAAGCUCGAGAUGCUGCAUUAAUGGCGGCUGUGAGAAAGUUGAGUAAAACCCAGAACGAACAUGAAAUCUCGACCUUGGAACGAAGAUUCCUGGAAAUAGAAGAGAAAAUGGUGAGUUUGGGGUACGAACGUGAUGCAAGCAACGCAGAAUGUUACAAGAAGCGUAAAGAGGAUUACUUUCAGAGGUUUGACUCCAUUGUUGAUGGUCAAGAAAAUAAGAGCUUUCACAGUGUGAAACAAAGGGUAGAGCAGGCUGCCAUGUAUUCAUCGUCAUCACCUUCGAGAUCAUAUGACAUCAAUUCCUUUCAUAUUUCUGCAGUAAACCAAUGGGACAGGUAUGGAUUGAAGACGAUGAGUAAGGGAAAGAAUCAACAAAUUUAGCUCUCGUAUCUUUUUUCUCUUAGUUGUUGUAUUAUUAGUAAUGAUGCAUAUGAAAGAGCUAAAACUAUAUCCCCAAGCAAGUUCAUUCUCUCGGAAUCGAACA